AUGGGUAACCAAUUGAGCCAGAUGUUCCCCCCAGCACCUACCUUCACUGAAGACUCGCUGCCCGACCUUAAAGACAAAGUAUUCAUCGUGACUGGCGCCUCCGCCGGCAUAGGCAAAGAACUAGCGCGCCUCCUUUACUCGCGCAAUGGUACCGUAUACGCUGCCGCGCGCUCAACGGAGAAAACAACAGCAGCGCUCGCGUGGAUCAAAGAACAGCAUCCAUCCUCCAAAGGCAAACUAACCCAUCUGCACCUUGACCUCAACGACCUCGAAGGCAUAAAACCCUCCGUUGAAAAUUUCCUUGCUCAAGAAUCCCGUCUAGACGUCCUCAUCAACAACGCAGGCGUCUUUAUGACCCCGCUAGGCCCAAAAACGAAACAGGGUUACGAAAUCCAGCUCGGGACUAAUUGCAUUGCCCCGUUUCUCUUUACAAAACUGCUUACCCCGCUGCUGGUUGCGACGGCAAAGAAAGAGCCGGCGGGGAGCGUGAGGGUGGCAUGGGUGUCGAGUUCGGCGGCAGAUGUAAGUGCGCCAAAGGGAGGGGUGGAUAUGCAGAAUUUGGGCUAUAACAAGAAUACCUCGACGACUGCCAAGUAUGCGGUUAGUAAAGGGGGGAACAUUUUGCACGCCCUCGAGUUUCGGAGAAGGUAUGGGGGUGAAGGUGUGGUCAGUAUUCCACUCAAUCCUGGGAAUCUCAAGACGGAUCUUGCCAAUCACAUACCUAUAUGGCAGAGGUUGAUUGUCAAGCUCAUAACGCAUCCGGUUAUAAACGGUGCGUAUACGGAACUUUUUGCGAGUUUGGCGCCUGAAGCUGCGAAGCUGAAGGAGAGCGAGUGGGUUGUGCCCUGGGGGCGCAUAAUGCCGUUGAGACAGGAUUUUUAUUCCGAGGAAGGGAAGGAAAAUGCAAAGGCGUUUUGGGAGUGGUGUGAGCAGCAGGUUGAGCGGUAUACUUGA